GAAAAGAUAGAGUUUUCAACACCCCCUUGUGUGAACAAGGCAUUGUUGGCUUUGGUAUUGGAGUUGCUGUUGCAGGAGCUACAGCCAUUGCAGAAAUUCAGUUUGCAGAUUACAUUUUUCCAGCAUUUGAUCAGAUUGUUAACGAAGCAGCAAAAUAUCGUUACCGCUCUGGAGAUCUGUUUAAUUGUGGAAGCCUCACCAUCAGAGCCCCCUGGGGCUGUGUGGGUCAUGGUGCACUAUAUCAUUCUCAAAGUCCAGAAGCCUUUUUUGCUCACUGUCCAGGAAUAAAGAUUGUUAUUCCAAGGAGUCCUCUUCAGGCCAAAGGACUGCUGCUGUCAUGCAUAGAGGACAAAAAUCCAUGCAUAUUCUUUGAACCUAAAAUACUUUAUAGAGCUGCAGUGGAACAAGUUCCUGUGGAGCCCUACAACAUUCCACUGUCUCAAGCUGAGGUGCUGCAGACUGGCAGUGAUGUGACACUGGUUGCUUGGGGCACUCAGGUACAUGUGAUCAAAGAGGUGGCAGCAAUGGCUCAAGAAAAGCUUGGUGUGUCCUGUGAAGUUAUUGAUCUGAGGACCAUCUUACCCUGGGAUACAGAGACUGUUUGCAAGUCGGUGGUGAAGACUGGGCGAUUGCUGAUUAGCCAUGAGGCUCCCUUGACAGGAGGAUUUGCGUCUGAAAUCAGUUCUACAGUUCAGGAGGAAUGCUUUUUGAAUUUAGAAGCGCCUAUUUCAAGAGUAUGUGGCUAUGACACUCCUUUCCCUCACAUCUUUGAGCCUUUCUACAUCCCAGACAAGUGGAAAUCCAUCUCGGGCAUCGUUGCAAGAUGCUUGUGUGGGCAACAGGAUCGAAUUCCCCAGUGGCUGUGGCUGUCAUGGGAUCACAGCCCAAAUGUGGAUGUUAGAUCCUUAACUUCAGAUGAAAGUGCCCAUUCCAUGCUCGGAGAAGCAGCACAUGAAGUGUUAGGUGGGGGCCAUGAACUAAGUGGUGCAAGAAGCUGGGAAAAGAUGGUCCGUCCCUCAGUCCAACUGCUACAAGCAGCAAUGGCCUAA